GCGGUGCAUGCUGGGACAUUGAGGCAGGGCAGCAGCAGCAGCAGCCGGCUGACUCAACCUUUCAGUUAGAGCUUCAUUUUCAGCCGUCCUGCGCUGUUCCGCCGCUUUUACCGAAUCAAGGGACAGCGCUGUCUUUAGCAGAGUCAUGGAGGCCGGUGGACAACAUCUGACGGUGAGCUCACCUAUUUAUUUUGGUGACUAAAACACCUGCUGUCAAACCGACUGAGGGGGAGCUAAUGCUAAUGCUAAAGCUAAAGCUAGUCUGACGUUCGGGGGAGAUGCUUGUUGUUGACGUUAGCUAGCUGCGUAGUUAGCUCAGGUAGUUGACUUCCCCCAUACUUAUAUCUGAUGGUGUUGUUUGAUAGCCUUUCUACAUCCAAAAUAGAUUCAUGUAGUUCUUGUAAACCAAUAUAAAUGUCCCGUUAAAGUGGCAACAAAGUAGUGACACAUUCGUUUUAAGUUAGCUUUCCCUCACCAGAAAACCAAAGCGAGCUGAGUUAGCUUCUGUUACAGCCCAACUCAGCGAACUCAGGCGGCCUUGCACUUUAAUUGGAUGGUUUCAGUUUAAUGCUGACGCAGUCUUUGGGAGUCUGUACGUUAAAUAAUGCCAAGCUCUACCCAAAUAUCUCGGUAAGCUAUAGACUUUCCACUGAGCCAACGACAUUUGCAGGUGCGUGUCCUCAAGGGUGGCCAGGGGUGGCCCUUGAAACUGAUUGGCUGCUCCAGGUGUCAACCAAAAUUUUACAAGAAGAUUGUUGCUAUUGGUCUAAACAAGGGCGGAACUUUAUGUGAAAAUCCACUCUUUGGACUGUGCUGCAACAGGCUGGCAGUGGCUCCCUAUGUGUUUUAGAAAAUUCUCUCUUAUUUAUACUUGAUCUGUUUUACACAUGUGUUUGUUGUGUCAGAUAUGCAAAAGAGGGAUCAGGUUAACAAAGCAUGUCAAAAACAUUUUAUGCAAACUCUUGCAAACUGUCUAACAUCCAGGGUACAACACACAGUCACACAUAUUUAGCCACUCUUAUUACAUCAUGUUACUCCCUCAAAGUCGUACUCUGAUACUUUUUUUACCACUGUUUUUUAGCCAAAAUUGCGUUACCUGUGUCAUUUUCAAGGACUUAUCUUCUGCAGAGCUCCAGUAGCUCAUUAGCAAUUCGCCUCUGAGUUGUGGCUGGAGUGGAGACAGUGCUACUUUGCACACUCUUCGUCACGCUAGCUUGUAGCCUAACAUUGCCGGUGUAGCAGAAGAAGCAGGUAAUAUAGGAGCUAUUAAGCUCUGAGACACUAAUGUCUUUAGGGGGAUGAUGAAAGCUAAUAUCAUUAUUAGCAUUCUUACAAACCUUGUAAUCCACAACCGCACACGCUUGUUCCACAUUCGUCCUCUCUAUUUCUCCCAGUCUGGCCUGCAUAGUAGGGCUCCGGGAGCAGAGCUUGGAUUUGUGACAUAGGAAAUCUCACUGUGUCUGAACCUAUUGUUCAGGUCUGCCGGAGAUUCACAGCAACUUGAAUGCAGAAAUACUCAGAAAUGCAAUUUCUCACUUAUUUUUCUAAUAUGUUCUGUAGCAUCAGAAAAAUGCCAUAUGAACAUGUAAAAAACAAGAAAAACAUUAACUGUUAUGGUGGUAAAUGUAAUUAUUUCGGCAUUUAUUGUUUGAUAGCUCUGCAUGGCUGGAUUUCUAGAACAUUAUCAAGCAGAUUGAGGCUAAAAAACACUGCUCAUGAUGAAACACUCAAAACAUGACCAUCAAUAAUGUUGGUUUCAUGAUUCAGUCAUUUUUCAGUACUUGAUAGUUAAAGUGUAAAUUUUUCCACCUUGAGGAGGCAGUGAGUCAGUUUAGGAAAGGAAUCUGCCUAGAUUGAUAUACUAUUUUCAAAGUUAAAUAUAUUUAGAGACUAAUUUUGUUUCUCAUUGGUUGGAGCAUUAAUAUGUUUCCCAACCCUUUUUUUGUUGUGUCAUUGUUUUAAGUCAAGGAUAUUCACAACACAAUGUCAUUUUUGAGGUACUUCAAUGUUAUCAUUCACUGAGGAAGUUAUUGAUGAAGACAGACUUUAGGUCACCCUUGUUUAUGUCAGUCCCCCAGCUGGACCCCUCAGUUAAAAAGUCUAGACCCACCCCUAAUUGUUCACCUGCUCUAUCAACCCCCAAACUCCCCUUUUACCACCAACACCUGACAAGCGUGGAAAACAUGUAAAACUUGGCAAACUCUGGAAAGAUCCUGUGUCUGUGAACAAGAGAAUAAACAGCUGUUAGAAGAAGCUAACCUUGUCAUAAGAGUGACUGACAGUCAGUAUUAAUAGAUGAUUUAUUAGCUGCUUCAGCUGAUACAUUAACUCACUUGGAUAAAUAAGAUGAUCAACAGCUUUCCCUGAACAGCUGCUUUUACUCAACAGUCACCUUUACCAUGUCUUGUUUGGAUUAAGCUAUUAAGAUGACUGUCUGCAGAAGAAGUCAUCGAGUUUAGCUUUCAGACACAUUAUAUGGAUUUAAGGGGGUAGAGCUGCAGUCGCCAGUGCAGUUUCCAGGGCAAUAAAAGUAUAGACAGAAAAAAUAGUCAUGUUUAUUCUUAUUCCUUCAUCGCAAACUGGUCUUUCUGGACUUGCAUGUCCAUGUCAGCUGUGCCUGAGUGGAAACUACCUGCUCCCAGGUAUUCAGGGAGAUAAGGCCAACAAAGCAAACAUGUUUAAGUUGCCGCCCACCAAUCUGGCUGGUGGUUGUGGUGGAGAAUGCAAACAGAGUUCCUCUUUCAGUUGGUCAGAGACACCAGCUAGUAUGCCUCAUGAAAGCAUAGUUUACUCAUCAGAAAGCUGCGAUUUCUGAAUACACUUUGAAAGUCUUUAUUAUGUGGCUCUUAAUAUGGCCUUAAAAUUAAUGCAGUUUGAAGAAGUAAGAGGAAGGAAGGAAGGACUGCAAAAUACUUUACUUUUACCCAAGGUCUGGUCGAAAAAAUAAACAUUGGCCAAAGCUGAUCGGACAUAAUUUGACAAAAAGGUAAGAGAUCAUAAAAAUAAACACACAGAUAGAAUAUUGGACACAGUUGUGCGCCACUGCUGAAUGUAUGUAGGGGAAACACAGUCUAAUCAGAGCAUGAACAAAGUAAAUAAACCAGAGAUGUGGUUUUAGGAAAGCAGGUAUAGCAAUAGAAGGCUGAAGGAGAAGCUUGGACCUCUCUGUGUGGUUAUUUCUGAUUUCUUCAACUCCAGGCUGGGGGGGAUGAAUUCCAAUCACUAUUAUGGCUUCAAAUAUAAUCAAGAAUGCGUGGUUGCUGUGCUGUCUGUUUUGCUUUGCUUGUUUUGUUCGAUGCUUAGCGCUCAACCGUCCAUCUUUCAGAGCAGAGCAUCAGCGCCUCAGCUCAAACAGGUCCCUCUUCAGUUUGUCUUAAGGCUAAAGAGGAGAGGGAGCCACACCCAGGGCUGGCAAUCCAGCAUCUGUAGCAUUUUACUAGUGGGUCGAUACACGUAGAGGUCAGUGGGCUGUCAUAUGUCAUCAUCAGUGGCCCAGAUUGAUUGACCAAGGCAUUGGCCUCUUGGUAAGCUGACACACCUGGUCGGCUGUGAUAUGUCAUUUGGAGAUGCUGCCAAUGCCCUACAGUGUCUCAAUUGGGAACCCCUGUAUCCUCAGCAGGUAAAGCUACAGCAGAACUAGCUGUCAGACAGGUGGAGAGAGGAGUUGGAGGAGGCAGGUAUGUGUGUUAGUAAAGCAGAGGGACAGAGUGAGCAUGCUAUAGAGAGAGUAAAUAAGCUAACGAUUGCAAGGCUAAACAGUGAAUUACAUUUGUUCAUAUCAUUACUAUUACUGAGUAGGCCUUUGUCAACUUAUAAUCAACUAAUGUUACAGCUGAUGAUGUUGUCAUUGCGGGACAACCAAAAUUAAUAAACUGUAUUAAUAAUUAAAUCGAUAAAAUGUGUCUCGUCUCGAUGCUCACAGUCAUCCUGCCUCUGUUAGGUGAAGCUCUCAUUUCCUCCUCCCAUUGUUGAAGUCUUCUAAGCAGGCAGUUUCUUUGCCCUCAUGUUGCCCUCAGGUUGACUGUUGUGUGGGUGUGAAAAUCACAUGAACUGAGGCAUCUGCAAAUAGAGCGGGUUGAUGAGAACUGUUCAGGGUUGACAUGGUCUGAGUCCUGUUACAGUUGAUAAGUCCCACUUCUGGUUUCUCAUUGUCACUCUAUUACCGUCAGUUUGAUUCCAGUCAGUCUCUUCGGGUGCUGCAGUAAUUUAAUUUCUGCUGCAGCUCAGGCCAGACUGGAAGCUAAUUGGUCUUGGAGCACCAAUGAGAGCAGACCUCAUUAACUUCUCCUGUUUAUGGAGUCAGACUAAGGCUAGAGGGCUGACGAGGAUGAGUUUGAAUAAGAGCCUUAUUGCACAUUAUGACCAUGUCAAUUUAGGUCCUGUUCCAAAAUAAAAUAAUUCACCCUUUAGCUUUGAGGAAAUUGGCUUACUCAGUAUAAAUGCAACAAAAAAGACAAGGUCCUCUCAUCCUCUUAUUACAUCAGGCUUAGAGAUAGAAAGCUUUUCUUCACGCUGAGAGUAAUCAUCCCUUUCUCCUCAAGAAAAGUCCACCUCUAAGUCAGCAGAUACAGCAGUUUGUUUCUCAUCUUUGAAUAUUGCUGAUUUUUUUUUUCUUUUUUUUUAACUCAGAAUGAAAGAAUUCCCCUUUUAAAGCAUAGAUUUACUACACUGACUGAUUCCUCUCUGUUCUCUUGCUGUCUCAGGUAUAGCCAGGAGGAUUCGUUGAUCGCCAGAGCAUCAUGGAGCCAGAUGUCAUCCGCAUGUACUCGUCCUCUCCGCCCCCGAUGGAGGACGGUGCAGAGGAGGACGAAAACGAGUUUGGAGACUUUGGCACCUUUGCCGGCGUCCCAACCAGUGUCAGCUUUACAGAAUUUGACACCCCGACCACUUUCAACCAGACGCAGGCUUUAAACGCCACCUCCCCGCCAGAGCUACUUAACAACAGAGGGGUGGUGGGGUUCAGCCACAGCUCCUCAAAUGGCACCCAUGGCCCCAGUAAUGAGCUGUCAAAGGCUAAUGGCGUGGUGCCAGCAGGCCACCUGGGCAGCAGCACCUCGGAAAGAACUGAGAUAAAAAAGGUCCUCUCCAGCCCUCUGGAUUUCUCAGUGAGCAACACAACUGGCAGUGAGCCCGCUGACUGUAAUGGCGGCGGCACAGAGGUGCUAACAAACGGGUUUGUAUCCUUGGACAUUCAGGGAAGCCCCUCCUCACAGAAUUCUGUCCACUCUCACACAAAAGGAACGUCCACUGAAGACAACGGCUGCAUCCCUGCAGAGAGUUCAGAGGAUGAUUUUGCCGACUUUGCUGCUUUUUCAAAUGCUGACGGACACCUCAGCCAGACAGCAAAUGAGGACUUAGACUUCCCCAUGGGGGGCUGCUGGCCGGCAGAGUCUGCCCGCCACGAGGAACACUGUAAUAUAGCACAGGGAGUGACUUCAGAGGACAAUGACAGGGACACAAACAGAACUGAACCCGACACAUGCAGCUCUGAUUCCAUAUCUGUCCCCGCCGAGGCCCCAGACGGCUCAUGCAACACGGACCGGGGCUCGCAUGCAGAUGCUGACUCUCAUCAAAGGGACAUAGUCUUUGCCUCAGAGGCAGUUUGCACUAACGAACCCCUCCACCUGAACGGGGUAGAUGUAGCUGACAGGGACGAUUCCAAAGACGCUGCGGGCUGCAGUGAAAACGACCUCUCACCAGAUGCAGCCAUGGACGGUGAGGCUGGACCAUCAGACUGGAAGGGCUCUGGUAAUGAGACUGAGACAGAAACCGAAACGGAGACCUCGUUUGGUCGGCCACUAUCCACAGAUGCUUUGGAGGAGUAUGGAGACAUGAGCACUACGGGCUCAGUGCCCUCACCACCUCUUCAAGGGGAGACCGCUACGCCUGCAGACCACAGCCAGCUGGCUGAGGACGACAUGGAAGAAGACUUUGGGGACUUUGGAGACGCGGGGUCGUUCAGCGGUCAGGGCUUCGCAGAUUUUGAGCAGCUAGAUGUCCAACAGGAGCAGAGCAGGUUGCACAGCUCUACACCUACAGAAGAAGCUGCAGAUACCAAGGACGAGGACGACUUUGGUGACUUCAACUCCCCAAAAUUCCACACAGGUGAAAGUGAGGUGGAGGACCAAGGUAAAUUCGCAGACUUUCCUGUCAGCGACAGUUUUGGAAAUUUCAGCUCAGCAGUGGAGGGAACAGACGAUGGGGCGGAUGCAGGGUGGAGCGCCUUCGGGGAGCAGCAGCAGGAGGCGGAGGGGGAGUCAUGGGCAGCGUUCAGCACCGAGCCAACUGUCGCUCCUCCUGCAGACAGCAAAGAGGAGGUGGAGGAGGAAGAAGAGGAGGAGUGGCAUGACAGUGAAGCUCCUGCAGUCAGUGAGGAAGCCAGCAGGACAGACAAGCAGGCGGUAAGCUCUGUGGGGAACUAACCGAUCACGCAUGGAAACUUAACACCUGCUGAGUUAAUGAACUCAUAUCCUACAGUUCUGUAAGAGUUUGUAAGCUGAGGAAAAUGUUGAUCCAGGGUCCGAUGGAAAAAUGUUUUAUGAAACUAUAGGCUCAUUUUGAAUGUGAUACCAGCAACACAGCUGAAAAAAGUCAGCGCAGGUUCAUGUUUCCUGUUGUGUUGCAGCAGUUCAGAUUCUCCUCCGUUCUGUUUGGUUUCAUGAUGCACAAAAUGUUUUCAAUGGGGGACAGGUCAGGACUGCAGGCAGGCCAGUUCAUCAGCAGGACUCUUCUACUACAGAGCCAUGCUGUUUUCAUCUCUAUAGUAGGGUCUGACCGAUUAAUCGGUGAGUCGAUUGAAUCGGCCAAUUUCAGCCCGUUUGAGACUAAUCAGUAAUCGGCCAAAACUCCUACAGAUAUACCUACAGUAUAUCUAUAGUAUACUUUAUACUGUAUAUAUCUACAGUAUAUAUAUAUUUUUUAUAACUUUAUAAAAAAUUUAAAAAAUCGGCCGACUAAUCGGUAAUCGGAUAUUUUGCCCCCCUAAUAAUCAGUAUCGGUAUCAAAUGAUCAGCUUGUUAUCAGGCUCUGUAAUGGCUUAAUAACGAGCUGAUCAUUUGAAUCAGGUGUGUUGGAGCAGGGGAAUAUCCAAAACAAAUGAUUUAAAUGAUACUAACCAUCAAAUUCUGCUUUGAUCAACAUUUGACUCAGCGUACAGACUCUGAAGGAAUUAAAGUUGUUUGACAUUUUUAAAUUCAGAAUCAGAGGCAGCAUGAGCCAAAAGUCUCACAGUCCUCAAACCAAAAUCAGGACCAGAUUUAAACCAGUUUAUCUUCAGUCGCUCUUGUUUUUUUUUUUUCUGCUGAGUCACAGCCCUCAUACCAGCAUUUUCAACAUGAACUGAGCUGUUAAUUAAAAAGGUCAGAUCACUGAGAGGGAAGGUGGUAGCUUCCUGAAAUUAUCCGUGUGAUCAGACGAGCUGUGCUGACGUCUACAAAUACAGGUGUGGAAGAACAGUGACACGUGCCCUCUGAUGCAUCUGAGACACUCCUGCAGGCCCCGCCCUCAGGAAGUGACUCAGUCAGGUAUUUGAGCCUCAGAACAUUCCUGUCAGCUGAACACUCAGACUCUAAUGAGCCUCAGUCAUGAUAAUUUUCCUGUUUCAUCAUGCAGUGUUCGGGUAUAUCAAACAGUAAGAGGAGGUCUUUCCAUCGUGAUGCUCUUCUCUUUGUCAGCCCUUUGGUAUAGAUAUUAGGUUUACAAAGCACUCCUAUGACGGCGACACGGAGCAGGAGGUUUGGUCAGAAGCUGUCUGUUCAACCGGAAUCACCACCAGCUGCAUAAAAUUAAAUUCUAUCAGCAUAUAGUUAAUAAAAAACGAGAGUUUCAAUGCCACACACAGGAGCUGAUGGUAAACCUGUUAAACUUAAAGUGCGUUCAUGACGAUCGUUUCAGUGACAUCCAGCCAAUUAGAUAAUGUUGUGGGCGGGACACACCAGCAGCAGCAGAGGAAAAUAGUACACUUUAAAAAAUAAGUUUGAUUGGCUGUCUGUAAAGUAAAAUACAGAUUAUCAGCCAAACGGCAAAAUAACCGACCAAGACAGGAAAUUGGCCGAUCUCUAAUCUUGAUUCAGUAGCUCCCAUGGGAUGUGCUGGACAACCAGGUCUGAUCCACAGGAGCAGAGUCGGCAGUUUUUCCUUUCAGUGGUUAUAAGUAAACAGUUGCUUCUCUCUCUGCAGGUGUUGCUCUCCUUUCGUCUGGAGAAGCUGUUUCAGAGCAGCUUCCCUCUGACUGCUGCUGUCCCCACAGUGAAGGAUGUGGCGGUAUCAUCCCUGAAGGACCUGCUGGAGCCUCUAGAGGAGAAACCUCAGCAAGGAGGCGAGGAGGAGAAGGAGACAUCACCUAGGAACAGGCAAGUCUCUAGCUCCUUUUUAAUAUAUAUAUAUAUUAAAAAAAAAAACCAGCAACUUCGAGCCACAUGGUGAGAUUCUGUCUCGUCAUUAUCUGUAACUCUGCUGUGUCUUGUGUCGGUGCAGCUCUGUACACAGCAACAGCGUUUGGUUGCAGCUUCAGGACAUCCACGAGGCGAUCGGUCUCAGAUACCAGUGGGGGGGCUCGCACUGCAACAAAGUACUGCUCUGCUGCCUGGGCAUUGACACCAGGAACAUCGUGAGUCCACACCACACGCUCAGAUUUACUGUCUGAUAACAGCUGGAAUAUAAGAAAAUUCUGAGGCUAGAGCACAAAAAGUUUGUCAUUUAAACCUCAAAACAGUCAUUUUGUGGGCCUGCACACAGAAAUACCCUCUUAUCUGCAGGAGGUUAUUUUGAGAGGUCAUUAAAUGGUGCAUCAGAUUAUCUGUGACCUUUAGUAACCUCUGACGGCUGCCUUCAGGGACUGUAAUAUUAAACCUUCUUUUUAUUUUAUAUUCACAGAACUUUGUGCAGCAGCAUGUUUUUAGUUUUCUAACUUUACGUGUGUUUAUGUCCUCAGUUAUUCACCGGACAGAAGAAGCAGCCGGUCAUCGUGCCCAUGUAUGCCGCCGGUCUGGUGAGUUUCCUAUAUGUGAAAAUAAAACUCCUUCAUUCAGAACUUCGCUUAUGGAUCCGUAGGUCUUAUAAUCUGUGUUCAUGUACAGUGGGUAUUAAAAGUCUACACACCCCUGUUCAACUGCCAGGUUUUUGUCAUGUAAAGAAAUUAAAUCAAGAUAAAUAAUUUCACAUUUCUGCCACCUUUUAAUGUGACCUAUAACCUGUACAACACAAUUGAAAUACAAACUGAAACCUUUCAGGGAGGUGAAGUAAAAAUAAACAACUGAGAUCAUGUGGUUGCAUAAGUGAGGGUGAGGCUGUGUUCAGAUUUUGCCAAUAACAUUCAAACUCAGGUUAAAUUGGAGUCAGCACACACCUGUCAUCAAUUAAAGUGCCUCUGAUCAUCCCCAAAUAAAGUUCAGCUGUUCUAGUAGCUUUUCCUGACAUUUUUGUAGCCACAUCUUCCAGCACAAGCCAUGGUCCGCAGAGAGCAGAGAGCAGAGAGGGAUCUCAUUAUUCAAAGAUAACAGUCAGGUGAGGGCUACAAAAUAAUUUCCAAGGAAUUAAAUAUACCAUGGAACAGGGUAGAGACCGUCAUCAGCAAGUGGAGAAAAUAUGGCACAACGGUGACAUUACCAAGAACAGGACAUCCGUCCAAAAUUGAUAAUAAGACAAGAGGAAACUGGUCAGGGAGGCUACCAAGAGGCCGACAGCAACACUGAAGGAGCUGCAGGAAUUUCUGGCAAGUACUGGCUGUGUAGUACAUGUGACAACAAUCUCCCGCUGUCUUCAUCUGUCUGGGCCAUGGGGUAGGGUGGCAAGACGGAAGCCUUAUCUUGCAAAGAAAAACAUCAAAGCCCGGCUUAAUUUUGCAAAAAGACAUCUGAAAUCUCCCAAACGCAUGUGGGAAAACGUGUUAUGGUCUGAUGAAACCAAAGUUUAACUUUUAGGGCAUCAUUGCAAAAGGUAUAUUUGGCACAGAAUCAACACUGCUCAUCACCAAAAGAACACCACACACACAGUGAAGCAUGGUCGUGGCAGCAUCAUGCUUUGGGGCUGUUUUUCUUCAGCUGGACCUGGGGCUUUAGUCAGGGUGGAGGGAAUUAUGAACAGUUCCAAAUACCAGUCAGUGUUGGUACAAAACCUUCACCUAGCCUUCUGCUAGAAAGCUGAAGAUGAAGAGGAACUUCAUCUUUCAGCACGACAAUGACCCAAAGCACACAUCUAAAUCAACAAAAAAAUGUCUUCACCAGAAUAAGAUUGGAAUAAGAUUUGGAAUGGCCCAGCCAGAGCCCAGACCUGAAUCCCAUCGAACAUUUGUGGGGUGAUCUGAAGAGGGCUGUGCACAGGAGAUGCCCUCGCAAUCUGUCAGAUUUGGAGCGGUUUUGCAAAGAAGAGUGGGCAAAUAUUUCCACAUCAAGAUGUGCCGUGCUGAUAGACUCCUACCCAAAAAGACUGAGUGCUGUAAUAAAAGCCAAAGAUGCUGCAACAAAGUAUUAGUUUAAAGGUGUGCAUAUUUAUGCAAACAGGUUAUUUUGACUUUUCUAUUUUUUAUUUUUCCCCUUAAAGGUUUCAGUGUGUUUUUCAAUUGCAUUGUAAAGGUUAAAGGUCACAUAAAAGGUGGAAAAAGCUGUGAAAAUAUUUAUCUUUCUGUCAUUUUCUUACAUCACUAAAACCUGGCAGUUGAACAGGGCUGUGUAGCCUUUUUAUAUCCACUGUAUCAUAUAGAAUGAAAAUAAAGCUGCAUGAUUUAGUUAAGUGUCUGUCUUAGGGUAAAUGCAAAAGGAUGAAAAUUAUGCAUUCAUGGCUGAUAAUUAUAUCAAUUAUUAUUGCUAUCCAAUUUUAUUUCACCAUUAAGUGAACUUUUGAGACCAACCCAUCAUUGUCAAUAUCCUCAGAGUGUGUCUGUGUGCUGCUAACUGUAGGGGAUGCUGGAACCAACCAAAGAGCCUGUGAAGCCCGUCUCUGCAGCAGAGAUGAUUGCUUCGAUAGCCCAGGCGCCUCCAGCUGCUCCAGAGAAAACCCCCUGCACUGCAGAAACUCAGCAGGUGAGACUAGAGGAAGUUAUAGACCCACAAAAAACACUCAGACACCUCAAGCUAGAGCUGAAUAUGUCAAAGGAAUAUUCAUCAUAUUGUUCAGGAUCUAACUUUUUCUUCAGAUAGCUUCACUAUGAAGGGCACAAGUUACUUCUCUCACCAAAUGCACAUGACUACAGAUCCUCUUGAUCCUUGAUCCUCUCCCCUCCGAGCUGCAGGAAGGGCUAUGGGACACCACCUGGCAUGGCGGUUCUGUUACUGCUUCUGGUUCGACCAAGGAUUGAGAAGGCAGUAUUUUAGGGAACUGUAACACAAGGAUGGACUCUCUAUAAAGUUCCUCUCUUUCUCUUCCAGCAGGAGGCGCUCCCUCCCAUCCAGUUCGACUGGAGCAGCAGUGGCCUUACUAACCCUCUGGACGGUAGGUCGCCUAACACCUCCACCCUGACCUCUCUCUGUCCUCGCUCCCUUCUGCUUCUUCUCUGUUUCUUCACUAACAUUCACAGGGUUUCCCAAAAGUCAGGCUCCACGUGGUCUGUCUGAUGUUUUUAAAUCCUUACCGAUAAGGUUAAUGUCCGAUUAUUAAGAGGGUUAGGGUUUACUCAGAAUAAACCUUCUGAUUAAAGGAAACAUCCACUCUAAACGCUUUUAUUUAGGAGCUUUCAAACAAAAAUAAAUUCAUCAAAACUGUCUCAUGAAGUCUGUUAAUUUAAUAAGAUGGUGAAUUCUGAGUGGAACUUUCCUUUUGUCUUUAAAAAAAAAAAACAUGGCUGCUCUGCAUGAAGACUUUCCUCAUCAAACAUUUGAGACAUGAUCUAACGUUCCUCAUGUAGCUGAUCAAUCACUGACACUGCUGCAUGUCUUUGCUCUCACUCUCUCUCUCUCUCUCUCUCUCUCUCUCACUCUCUCUCUCUCUCUCUCUCUAAAUCUUUCUCUCUCUCUCAAUCUCUAUCUCUCUCUCUCUCUCUCUCUCUGUCCCUCUCUCUUGCUCUCUCUCUCUGUCUGACUCUUUGGUUGUUAACCUCAAUCGCCCUCUGGCUGUGCAGCGAGCGGAGGCUCUUCUCUGUUAAACCUGGAUUUCUUUGGUCCUGUGGAGGACUCAGGCUCCACCAGCUCAACCUCCAUCCCAGGUCAGAAGCUGCUCCUGCCUCCUCCUCCUCCUUUCCUCUGUCGAUCUUGUCUUUGAAUUAACCCCUUCAUCUCAGCCUGUCACUUGAUAACUCAUACAAUUUUCCUGUGGGGGAUGAGUGGAUUGAUUCAAGUUCAUGACUUUGUAUUAAAGUAUGUCAAAGUCUUCAAUCUUUGGAAACCUGACAAAAAUCUGACCUAUCUGGAAAUUAUGGACACUGUAUCUAUCCUGUUUGUCGCUGUGUUCACAAAUGCAUGUGAAAACUGAACCUCCCAAAGAGGAAAACAUACCUAAAACCAUUUAAGAUGGACUGAGGGUAAGUGAGACACUGUCCUGUGGUCUGACAUUCCUUUUGGAAACCAUGGACACCAUGUCCUCCAAUCUAAAGAGUAGAGGGACCGCCCUGCUCGUAUCAGCGCAAAUUUUAAAUUUUUAAAGUCCAAAGUUUACAGGAAACUUGCAAAUAGAUGAAAGAAAGGCAGCUCUUAGACUGUAAAAUGAAAUCUAAGUUGAAUAUAGGACUGGGCGAUUUGGCCAAAAAGAUGAUCACAAUAAAUUUUGUCAUAUUGUCUGAUCUCGCUUAUUAUCCCGAUUUUUUUUCUAAACUGCCAGUUUUAAAGCAGCUGUACUUAAAACUAAAAAUAAAUAGAUAAAUACUAAAUAAGACGUUAAAUAAGUUUUCUUCUCAAUAACAACAUCUUUGGAGGAAGUCAUGGCUGACAUCUGUUCUACUGCCCUCAAGCUCCACGUUCGGUUACUCUGUUUACUUGUCCAGCAACUUACAGCAGUGAGCAGGAAAAGCUCGACUCUGAUUGGCUGUUGUGAUGCACAUUUUCGCCAUGUUUGAUCGAGUAAAUAUGCUCACAGCUGAUCACCGUGAUCGAACUGAAAUUUAUCCCGAUCAUUAAUCCCGAUCAUACAAUCGCCCAGUCCUAGUUGAAUAAUCUGGAAUAAAUGAAUGUUGGCAGUUGUCAGGGUGGUAAAAGAAAAACAGUGCGACUACACAAAGAUAUCAAACAUAAUUUUAGAUCAUCAGUGAAGUGCUUUACCCACAGAACACAUCAGGGGAAGAUUCAUCUUAACUUAAAAAAAAAAAUCACCAUAUUUAAACCCUUAUCAGCUGAAAAUAAAAACAAUCAUUUAAAUAGAAAGAGCUUCAGUUUUCCCAGAGGUGCAGAUUCAUGAGGUUUUCAGUGUGUAUUCACAGCAGCCUAAUAGGAGCAGAGGUGCGCUGUGAUUUUGUCUGUUUCCUCUUUUUACGUUAUGCACUUUUCCUCAUCUGGUCCUCAGGAGUUGACCCCGAGCUGUACGAGCUAACAACGGCUAAGUUGGACCCUGGCAGCUCUGGCAGCCGGGUGGCCGACGCCUUCGCCCGCCUUAUGUCCACCAUGGAGAAGACCAGCACCUCCACCAGGUCAGAGGCCACAGAGCAGCAGAAUAUGAUGCGGGUGUUAAGUUUUCUGUUUGAGACAAGAAGUGUGUUGAAGAAGGAGGGCAUCCAGAAUGCUCAUUUUUCUAAUUUAUUCAAAGUUUGAGCAUCAGCGGCACUUUAUUACUUUUAACCUACAGGUAACUUUUGGUAUUUUUUUCUUUGUAAACAGUUGUGGGAUCAGAUCUGUGACACACUUUCUCUUAAUUUUAUCCCUCAGGAAACCGAGGAGAGAGGAGAAUCUGAGUGAGGAGGCAGCAAAGGUGAUCUCAGGUCUGCCCGAUCUGUCCUUCAUGCAGGCCAAAGUGCUGAUGUUCCCCACCACGCUGACGCCGCUUAGCUCUGCAGCCACCACAGACUGAAGCCCCUGCCCCCCCAGGACUGUUCGGCCCUUACACACCGGAUCGAUCCAAGUCUUCAUCUUUCUUUUUUUUAUCUUUGUUCUUUUCCUACUGCAGCUUAAGCUCCUCCCCUUCACCUCUUUCUUUCCUUACAAGUGAUCGUUUUUGUCUUUUUAAUUUAAAUACAAAGUGAAGCAUUUCUCCCGAUGGGAAACAGCUGGACGCUCGGCCCACUGCCUGCACAUUUAGGAGAGUAGGAGACUAAUUUAUAGAGCUGAUCACUAAUUUAUAGAGGAAGGUUUUAGACCUGUGUGCUGUUCAUAAAUAGGAGAAUCAUGGUGUAUAUAAUCAGGGAUUAAACCUUAAUUUUUCUUCUGUUCUUUUUAAACUCUGGCUGAUUUCUGAGGAUGAUUUUAGUCUCUGUGGUGGGAGUGUGUUUGUGUCUAUCUGUGAAGGAAACACUGGCUGAAUCAAACUGAAGUGGUAUAUAUGUGUAAGUUGAAAUUAAAACAUUUAUAUACAUAUAUAAAUCUAUAUAAAUCUAUAAAUCUAUAUUUAUCGACUUGAAACCACACUGCCUGCAAAAUCCAGCUGAAUGUUUGUCCCCUCGUGUUUUGAAAAGCCUUAGUUUUUACCUUUAGUCUGUCGAUUUUAACCUUAUUUUCUCUCUUUUUUUUUUUUGUAAUUUAACGUCACUUUUAAACAUGAAUUUUGUCUGAACUCCCUCACUGUCGCUGCAUUCAGUAAUGUGUCAUAUUUUUCGUUCUUUUAGUCUUCAUUUUGGGGAAACCUCCACCAAGCAAACGCUGGUGAAGUUAGAUUUUUAUUUCCUGUUCUCAGAUCUUCCAGCUGCUUCGUUUGGUGCAUAAAAACAGGUUUUCCCUUUCGUUCAUAUUUCCUCUCUCUCUGUUUGUUUUCUGUGUUUUUCGGGGGUAAAAACGGGACCUUUUCGGUUGAAACCACUGAAACUGGAUGAAAGUUUCCGGGCAGUGAAGGUCGACUCUCAUCAGAAGGGAAUUAAGGGACCAAUUGCUUCUUCCACCUGUUGAGUUUGUACACUGUUCCUGAAGAUGAAGUGCUUUUUGUUUUUUGUUUGUUUUUUGGCUCAUACUACUGUCGGCCCCGUCUCCCAGGAGGAUUUUGCACAUUGUAAAGAUGAAAUGGAUGUAAUCAUAGUUCACUGUGGCUUUAGACUGUGUACAGUUAAACUAUGGACUGUAAAAUGUUUCGGGGAAAUUCCUAUGGAAAAAAACUGAAUCACUUGAAGAGCCUGUCGAAAGGUUAGCGUGCAUGCCCAGGUUCUUUUCAGACUUAAGUGUGUAAAUUUGACUUUUAGUGUACACAAGAAAUUAAAAUAGUUAUCUUCUCUG